AUGAUUGCAGCAUUUGUACACAUGAGUUCAGCUACGACACGAAUAGAUGUUAUAAAACAAGAUUGUUCAACUUUAGCAGAUAAUAUGGAAUGUGCUAAUAAUGAAACAAAAAAUGCUUGUGAUGCUAAAGCUAUUGAUUUGGAAAAAUAUAAUGACACAACUCAAAUAACCAACGUAUUAAAUAAUCUUACUUCGAAGAAUAGCGAUCUUAUUUCUGCACUCAAAUUAACUACAGAAAACUCUCUUGCACAAUCUCUUCAAACUAUUUCUGUCGCCAUUGCAGCAAUCGUACAAGCUACUGUUCGUUUAAUCCCAUUCUUAAUCGAUACAAGUAGUAAUCUUGCUGGUAUUGUUUUCAGUAUGAAAAGUCUUAAGGAAAUAAUUUUGAAAUUAACUAGUACGACUCUUACUUCUCUUACUACUUCGUUAAAAUUAACACUACGAAAAUCAGUGCAAGAAGUAAUGAAGCUUGGUGAUAAUCUUCUUUAUAGUAUUUCAGAUACGGUUUCUACACAAAUAGCUAAUAUUAAGAAAGCAUUUGGAAAUAUACUCGACGAUAUUUUUCAAAAAAUUCUUCCACAAGUUGCUAAUUUACCUGGUGCUAUUUCUUUUCUUGUUACAACUGUAUUUGCUCUGCUUCUUCGACUUCAAUACUUGAUCAAUAACUACACAAAUGAUAUUCGUGAUGAUGUAUUCUUUUUAUUGAUAUCAGUAAUAGCUUCACUUGAAGAUAAAAUGAAUCCGAUUAUUACAAUAUUAACCGAUACAUUAAGUGCAGUUCAAGGAUGUGAUACAUGUCUGAACACAGCUAUGAAUCCAAAUUCAUAUAGUACUAUGACACGUCGGCGUCGUUCAAUUAAACAACUUGUCUAG